AUGAGCACCAGCACCGUGUAUGUACAGCGUGAACGCGAUGGCAAGCAAGUCCUACUCAAGGACGAUGUUCAAUUGCCAACUCGUGAAGCACACCAGAGCCUUGUAAAAGUGCAAUAUGUAGCCCAAAAUCCCACCGAUGUCCAAACACUCGAUAGCAAUGCAUUCGGUGAUGGCACAGUCCUUGGCUGUGAUUUCGUCGGUACUGUCGAAGAAGUCGGUAAAGAUGCAAAAAGGCUCAGCAAAGGAGAUGUUGUUGCAGGUCUUAUUUGGGGAGGAGAAAUCAAAGGUCUCGGUGCAUAUGGAAAUCACGUCUUCGCUGAUGAUCGCAUCAGCUUCAAAGUCCCCAAAGGUGUGAAGCCGGAAGAUGCAGCUACUGUUCCACUUGCCUCGUGUACUUCUUGGCUGGCUCUGUUCUCCAAGGACUGCUUAGCUAUUCCGAAGAAGGAAGCAAAGACAAGCAUUCUGAUAUGGGGUGGUAGUUCAAGUGUUGGGUCAUAUGCCAUUCAAAUUGCCGCAAUGUAUGGCUUCAACAUCAUCACAACUUGCAGCCCUCGAAACUUUGAUCUGGUCAAGAAUAUGGGAGCCACUCAUGUUUUCGACUACAACGACUCUGAUGUUGUUGACAAGAUUAAGGAGGUCGCUCCAGACCUAGGAUAUACCUUCGACACUAUCGGUUCAAAAGAUUCUUCAACACAGGCUUCUCUUGCGAUUGCAUCAAAGGGUGGUGUGAUGUGUACUGUGCGUCCCGGCAAGGCUAACACAGAGAACGUGGCCAAGCACGUCAAGAUCACAGAUGUCCUGGUGUGGACGGCAUUCCUCAAAGACCACCAAUACAAGGAGUUUCACUGGCCAGCUUCCGUCGAUGACCAUGAACUCUCAGCCGAACUCUUCGAAAAGCUUCCCACUUGGUUGGAGCAGGGCAAGAUCAAACCAAACAACGUCAAGCUGUUCGACGGCCUCGAUUCCAUUCACGAAGGAUUUGAUUUGCACCGUCAGGGCAAGAUUUCGUCCUUCAAGAUUGUGUACAAAGUUUAG